UGAAGCAGGAAGGAAGGCAGGCGGAGAGCGACGGGAGGGAGGGAGGCUCUGAAUGCUAACAAGCCCCGUCGUAAUCGCGUCGCUCCGUAGGUCGGGUUUGUUAAAACAUCUUUGCAAUGGAGAGGAACGACGACCACUAUUAAAAGUCCGACUAUGCGCCAGUGCCGCGUCCGCCCCGCGCGCGUCCCGGAGCCCCGCCGUCGCCUCCACGCUUGACCACAGAAAACCGUCUUUUUCCGCCGAGUGAAAUGUAUCGCGACUGCUCGGGAUUCACAUUCUGACAAUGGAGAUUGAAAAUAUCGUGGCCAACACGGUUCUCCUGAAGGCGAGGGAAGGUGGAGGCGGAAAGCGGAACGGUCGCAGCAAGAAAUGGAAAGAGAUGCUGAAACUCCCGCACAUCAGCCAGUGUGAAGAGCUGCGCCGCACCAUUGAGAGGGACUACACCAGUCUGUGUGAGAAGCAGCCCAUCGGCCGGCUGUUGUUCCGUCAGUACUGUGACACCAGGCCCGAGCUGAAGCGCUGCAUCGACUUCAUGGACGCCGUGGCCAUGUACCAGCUAGCUCCUGAUGAGAAGAGGAGGGACUAUGGACUGAAGGUUUUAGACACAUACUUUAAUAACGGGUCGGCAGCCCAUCUGCCUGAUAUUCCCCAGGACGUGGUCGCUGGGUGCCGGGAGAGGCUGGAGCAGAGUCCGUGUAAGGAGCUCUUCAAUGACUGCACCAAAAUAGUUCGUGAUUAUCUGAGUGGAGCUCCAUUUUCCUCCUACCAGGAGUCCAUGUACUUCUCACGCUUCCUGCAGUGGAAAUGGUUGGAGAGGCAACCAGUAACCAAAAACACCUUCAGACAUUAUAGAGUACUAGGAAAAGGUGGAUUUGGCGAGGUCUGUGCCUGCCAAGUACGUGCCACCGGUAAGAUGUACGCCUGUAAAAAACUGGAAAAGAAGCGGGUGAAGAAAAGAAAAGGUGAAGCAAUGGCACUAAACGAAAAACGCAUUUUAGAAAAAGUUAACAGUAGUUUUGUAGUUAGUCUAGCUUAUGCCUAUGAGACCAAGGAUGCGCUGUGCCUGGUUCUGACCAUAAUGAAUGGCGGCGACUUAAAGUUUCACAUCUACAACAUGGGCAACUCUGGCUUCGAUGAGCAACGGGCCAUCUUCUAUGCUGCUGAGAUUUGCUGUGGCCUUGAGGACCUGCACCGUGAGAGAAUAGUCUACAGAGAUCUGAAACCGGAGAACAUCCUUUUGGAUGACCGUGGACACAUCCGGAUUUCAGACCUGGGCCUGGCUGUUCAGAUCCCCGAAGGAGAGACGAUACGAGGGAGAGUGGGCACAGUGGGAUACAUGGCUCCGGAGGUGAUCCAGAACGAGAGCUACACCUUCAGCCCGGACUGGUGGGGGCUGGGCUGCCUGAUCUUUGAGAUGAUCCAGGGCCAGUCGCCCUUCCGCAAGCGCAAGGAGCGCGUCAAACGGGAGGAGGUGGACCGACGAGUGCGCGAGGACCAGGAGGAGUACUCCGACAAGUUCUCCGAGGAGGCGAAAGACAUCUGCAGACAGCUCCUGGCCAAGGACCCCAAGGAGAGGCUGGGCUGUCAGGGCCGCGGGGCCAUCGAGGUCAAGCAGCACCCCAUCUUCAGGAACAUCAACUUCAAACGGCUGGAGGCCAACAUGCUGGACCCUCCCUUCAGCCCAGAUCCUCGAGCCGUGUAUUGUAAAGACGUGCUGGACAUCGAGCAGUUCUCCACUGUCAAAGGCGUCAACCUGGACCCCACAGACGACGACUUCUACCACAAGUUUGUGACGGGCAGCGUCUCCAUCCCGUGGCAGAACGAGAUGAUCGAGAUGGAGUGCUUCAAAGAAAUCAACGUCUACGAGACAGACGGGACGCUGUGCCCCGACCUGGACAUCAACCGGCCGAACCCUCCACCAAAGAGAGGCUUCUUCUACCGCCUGUUCAGAAGAGAGGCAAGUGCUAGUGCUCCGGCAACAGUGCGAGGGGGUGGGGGCUGAGGUGUGCUUUAAGAGCGGUUACAGUGACGACGAACCCGAAGAGCCCUCACGACUUUAAACCACUCCCUCCUCCUCCCCCCGCGCCCCCAUAAACCCCCCCAGUGCCCCCCCCCCCCCCCCCCCUCCCGUAUCCCCCCGCCCCGCCGCAGAACUUCACCACAAACUCCAAUCGAGCGCAAACGUUAGGAACUCAGUGAAUGUUGACCUGUAUUUAUGAGCUGUAUUAAAAGUGUAUUAUAAUUAAAGAAAAAAGUAUGAGUUUAAAGAUUUUGUACAUUUGUACUUGAAUUUAUGUCUAGAUGUAUAUUUUCACUAAAGGUUGUAUUGUACAAAAAGCCAUAAAAGUACCACUUGAAUGCAUACAUUACAUUUUUAUUUCAUUUUUUUUUUUUUUUGUGUGUUCCUUUGGAAUGAGUAUGGAUGGUGUGUAUUGGGGAGUCUUUCUGUUUUCUUUUUAAGAAGCACAGUACCUGUAGUCUUUUUAUUUUCUCAGUGUAGCAUAAAGGCCUUUUUUUUUUUUCUGUUUUGUUUCUUGUAUGUGCUUUAUGUGUCAUUGAUUUGGCCAAUGUGACGUGUUUUUUUUAGCACAUCAGCUCCACCCGAUCCCAGACUAACCCCGGGUCUCCCCACGCCUCGGGGCUCGGGCCCAUCUGAACGAAUGGUGCGGAUCCCAGUGAUCUGCCGGGAGGGGAGAAUCGAUCCGGGCGGUUAUUGCCGUGUCGACGCCAUGCUGCUUUACCCCGUGUGUUCCAGUGUCGAUCCACGUGUGUGUGUGUGUGUGUGUGUGUGUGUGUGUGUGUGUGCAGUGUGUGUGGAUGAUAUUCUCCCCCUCCCUCAGCCCAGCCAGGCAGGUUUGCGCUGGACUGGAUGAAGAGUUUAGUAAAGUGUUUUUCAGGUGCCUGUACCAGCUCAGAUCCAACAGAGACGGUUUGGAUUUAUUUCUGACAAUCUCCUAAGUCAGCACGAGCAACUAACAAGACACGCGCUUCAUCUGUGGGGAGGCCACAUUCAGCUUCGAGCAUUAGUGUCGGAUGGUGUUUCCUCUGGAAAUGCAGCUGUUCGAUAAACGUCUGUUACAUUAUUCACUCAGGCAGAAUAUUUUUGGUCAGUUUUCUUUUUCUUGAUUCCGUCUGUCUUUCUCUGCUUCGGUUUUAGUGCUUGGCUUCUACUUCCUGUACUGACAGUGCCCAGAUGUUAGGAGUUAUUUUGUGUGUGAGCAGGAAAUCCUUCCCCCUUGACAUUUCUUAGUAAUUUUCUGUCCAUAUUCUGGUCAAACCCGAUCGUCUCUGAGUGGAUGACUGCAGAAUGAGUGGGAGAAGUAGACUGAUGAUGAUGAUGAUGGUGGGACAGUGAUCUGGCCUGCAGCUGAUGAAAGCCUCUCCGAACAUCCAUUGAUCCUUCCAUCAGCGUCUGUUAGCCUGUGCGCCUCCGCCUGUUUGAUCCCAGCUGUUGCGAUAGCUGCUUAGAUGAGCUCCGUUUAGAUCCUGUGGCUUCAGCUGUGGUCGCGAUAACGGAGCGAUUAGUCCGUUGUAGUAAUUAUUCCUCUCGGAGGAAGCAGACUUGUACAGACCGUGCCAAACGGACCAGUGUCGGCGUCCACAACCACAACUGCUCCGUCUUAUCGUGGAGAAGGUGUUCGCUUGCACGUGCGCCCGUCACACACCCUCCGUCUGUACUCACGUUUACUUUGACUCUCGCUUCCGUUUCAGAAAUUCCUUCGACUGAAUUUAUCUUCGGAGGCAGUUGCUGUUUACUCCCCAUCACUUCUUUUUAAUGCUGUGAAUACCAACCCAACCCCCCCCCCCCAUCUCUGACAUGUUAGUUGUGUGCGUGUAUAUUACACUGUAAGCUAAUGCAGCUGUGUUAAAUCUAAUGCAUUCAAGUAAUUUAGCUCUACUUUUGUGCGAUUUCGUUACUCAAAAAGAUGAAUUCGUUUUUGAUACUUUUUUCAAAAAAAAUUAUAAAAAAAAGGAGCAACGUCUGCAGUUUUAUCAGUACAGUAGUAAGAUCACGCCGGGACUGAGAUACCUGUUAGUUAGAGUUUGACAGUUUAAGACCGGGUGUGUUUAGAAUGGUACGCAUGUAGUCCCCAGUCUAACCAACAUUGAAGAGGUGGUCUUUUUCUACAGCUUUGUUCCCAGUUGCACAUUCCAUUCUUAGUAAUCAGAUGUGUGCAGCUCGCCGUCGCUCCUGUUUUAUCGACUUUUCAGUUUCCGAGUGUCUUUACUUUUCAUUUCUUCUCCCUUCUUUAAUUGCUCUCAGGCACAUUUUGAAGCUAAUUUCGCUUGCCUAUGUAGAAUUUAGCCUUUUAGCUCCUUAGCCUCAAAAAACCUUGUAAAUGAUGUAUUUCUAAAACAUGUAACUAAGCUCUUACACACAUUCACAUCACAGGGAAACUAAACUGUGUUUGCCACCCAUGCCUCCGUCGUCGUUUUCCAGGAUCUUUGCUCUUUUUAUCAUCCUGAACAGCAGUGAAGAGAUUCUGUUUGGUUUCAUUGCACUAUGGUGUGUAUUGACAAUGACUAUAGGAAGUGUCUUUAACUUUUUUGCCAGUGAUACCAAAAGCAACAUUAACUAAAUUAGACUUGUUUGUGAUCUGAAGAAGUUAUCCAAGAAAGACUGACAGCCUUUAUUAUAUGUGCCAAUUAUCAAGUUUUAUUUUGAACAUCCCACCUUUUUCUUUUUCCUGCGUUCUUUCUUUCUUUUUCUUUUUUUUAACCGUCCGUCCAUUCUGGAAAAUUCCUUCACAUAGAGGAACUUUUAAACAGCUCAACAGUUUUGAAUGUCCGCACUAAGUGCAUUGUAAUGCCUGUUUUAAGAUAAUGCAUAUGUUUUAUUACUCAAGCAUGUAUCGGUUUGUACUACUUCAGGUUCCUUGUAUAUGUAAAUGAUGACCUGCUAGUGCCAACAUAUCUCACUGGUAUCUGAGGGCGACUUUCUGAACGGCAGGGUGACCAGCUGAGUUGGCCUGGUUUGAAUACAUAACAAGCAUUCCUCGUCUCUUGCCUUCUUCCAGAGGCGUCUGGUGGUGAGCCUAAACUACCUCCCUGAAACCGAGGUGGCGCUCAGCACUCAGAAACGAAUGUUCUCAGUUUUCUUGACAUCUGAUCCGUCUGAUUUUUGCGAUAUCCAGCUAUAGAAACGGGGAGGUUCUGCUCCUGUUUCGAUGUGUGUGAUAAGUCAAGGAAGGGAGGAAUGACAAAUGCAUUAUUGGUAUUCAAACUGGGCCUGGGACGUCUUGAUUUUCUUUUUUUUUCUUCUUCUUCUUCUUUCUUUCUUGUUUUUCUUUUUUGUAUCUGUACAGUCAUGUCGUUCAACCACUGCAGUCAUUGUUAAUUCUUGUACAAGUUGUAUCACUGGUUGUUGUACCAUAUCUGACAUUUGUAAUUAUGAAAUAAUACACUGCCAUUUGUAUA